AUGACGGGCCCGACUGUUGACAACACAUCUGCCCCCCGCGCUGUUCGGCCAGCUUCGCGCCCUCCGCGUGCUGGCCGGGCUGGGAGCAGUACGAGGAAGCCCGCCAUCCAACCGAGGACCAUGGGCUCCGGGAACAGCCCCGAUAUGUCCGAUGAGGAGUCGGCGGACUUGUCUUUGGAUGAGUUCGUGUCCCGGUCCGAGAGCGCCAGAUCACCCAGACAAGGUUCCAUCAAGCCAGAAUCCGAAGAUGCUUCCGGGGUGCAGGACGAUCUUGGAGAGGCCCCGAACAUGCCUCUUCAGAAACGCCGCAGGGUGACGAGGGCAUGCGAUGAGUGCCGUCAGUGCACAUACGAUAAGCCGUCUAACCGCCGCAGGAACCCUGCUCCUCAGUACAUCGAAGCUCUGGAGGCUCGGCUCCAACGGGCAGAGGGUUUGUUGCGCAAGUUCAUGCCCGAUGUUGAUCUCGCCGACCCCAAUCUGGAUCCUGCGGUCCAGCAAGAGUUCCGAAACAGGGAGAAGGCGAGGGCUCGCGCCAUGGAACUCAAGAUGGAAGCACCCAGGGAUUCGCAAGAGGAGAGCCAAGACCCCCAGAUUGUAUCCAUGAUCGAGUCGAUUGGUCAGCUGGAACUCAAGGAAACCGGCGAAUGGGAUUUCCAUGGGAUUUCGUCGGGCGCCGUCUUCCUCCAGCGGAUGAAAGACCACUUCCAGUCCCUCCUCGGAAACGAAUACCACAUCCCCUUCCUACCCCGGCCAUCUGUACCGCCUGGCCUGUUCAGCCUCGACUCCCCGAAAUCUGGCGCUAGCUCGCCUUGGGAGCCUUCGAACUCUCCCGCCAUCUACAAUUUGCCUCCCCUGGAACGGGUACGCACGCUCUGCUAUUACUCGUUGGAUUGUGCCACUUGCCUCCUCCGAAUCGUCCACCAGCCGACAUUCUACGAAACGCUCGACAGGCUUUACACGACACCACAAGAAUCUUGGGGCAGCGAUGAGCACAGGUUCCUUGGCUUGCUUUACUCUGUGCUGGCACUCGGUUGCGUGUACAAUGUCUCCCAGGACCAAAACUCGGAGGACACCGUGACGUACAAGUCGGCGGUAGAAGAAGGUGUCAAGUAUUACACAACUGCACGGCUAAUACUGCAAGACGUUGCGGAAUGUCGCGAUAUGGCUUCUCUCCAGGCGCUCGUGUACAUGAUCCUCUUCCUCCAAGCUACUUCCAACAUUAGCGACUGCUACGCGUUCCUUGGGAUUGCUCUCCGAUCUUGCUUGCGCAUGGGGCUACACCGCCACUUAUCACACGACAAAAUCACUCCGAUCGAAGACGAGUCCCGGCGGCGGGUAUUUCACGUCAUCCGCCAGAUGGACUUUUACGUUUCCGCUAUUCUGGGCUUUCCUCUUCUGCUCCACGACGAAGAUGUCGACCAGCCCCUCCCGACCGAGGUGGACGACGAGUACAUUACCAAGGACGCAAUCAGGAUGCCGCCUCCGGGCACCCCGUCCUAUUUCCAGGCGUUCAAUGCGCACAACAAGCUUAUGAGGAUACUUGCGAAGGUGGUCAGAAACAUAUACCCGCUCCGGGGGAUGACGGACAGUGCCAAAGGGCAGCGAGCAGACCGGACGUUCAUGAUCAACUACUCUCGAGUCCAAGCCAUCGAGGCGGAGCUCCAGGAAUGGCAAUCGCAGCUCAACGAAUAUUGGCGGCCAAGCCAUGAGGGCCCAAUCGAAGUUAUCCGCGUUCGAACCCUCCUCCGCUUUGGUUAUGCCCACGUCCAGAUGAUGUUGUACAGACCAUUCCUUCACUACAUUUCACCACGUCUAACUUCCGGCAAGAAAGUCGAGAACCGCUACUAUCACUGCGCCGCGGCGGGCAUUACCGUCUCGCGGAACAUUAUCCACAUUGGGAGCGAGAUCCAGAAGCAAGCGGCACUUAUCGGGCCGUAUUGGUUUAUUUUAUAUACCGAGUUCUUUGCCAUACUUUCCCUGGUGUUCUAUGUCCUGGAAAACCCCGAUAAACCAGGAUCUGCCGAGAUACUAGCCGAUGCUAAGACGGGAAGGGACGUCAUCGCAACACUUGCGAAACGGAGCUUAGCGGCCGAUCGUAUAACUGUCGCGCUUAACGUAUGUCCUCCUACAUUGAGCAUUACCGAUCACAGAGGAGAUGAUGUUAACAGCAACCAGCCCCUAUUUGACCAAUUGCCAGACCAAGUCAAGAAACCCACGGGACGACCAACACCGACGAAGAAACGGUCGGCUCCGGCUCCGAGCUCGUCCCAAGGAUCGAGAACAGGCAGCGCGGCGCUGCCCAGCCGGCCUGACUUACAGGAUGGUAUACCACAGCGGAGAUCGGAAGAGAUGACUCGGCCGACGAUCGGAUUGCUCCGGCGAGAGGCACGCGCCCCGCCUCAGAGAACAGCGUCCUUCGACACCAUCGGGUUCCAACAUGGCAGCCUGGCGGGGCAGAACUUUACCAACCUCCAGGACAUCUUGCCCAUGAAUAUGCCCAUGUCGGGGACGGGCUCAGAUUCUAGUAGCACACAAGGGACGAUGCAGAGGCAUACCCAGGGUUUCCAGCAAGGGCAGGCUACAGGAGGACCAGCCACCUCGCUGUACAAAAUGGACGCCAUGAUGUUUCCCUCGGAAGACCCCUUCGCCUACCCCAACCAACCACCGAUAGAUCCGGCGAGCCAGCAUCCGGGCAGCCAGACGCCGCAAUCGAGCGCAGGCCAGUCCCACGACGCCAUGCAAUUCUACAUCCCCAACAUGUACGAGGGCAUCGAAGGGCAGCUUUUGGAACCCAUUCCUUCUUAUCUCAUGUCGCAAGGGCCACAGCGACAGCCGCAGCAUGGACUGGACGCAACCGCGCAAAUGUACAACACUCCCAACAUGCUCGCAAUGCAGCCCGACCAUGGAAGCCAUGCGCACCAGCAGCCGCAGCAUCAUCACCAACAGAUGACCCAGCAACACCAUCAGCAACAGCAGCAGCAGCACCAACAACAACAGCAGCAGCAGCAGGGCGGGGCUAUGAUGGACGAGAUGCUGACGGAUCCGAGCUUCCGAGGCGAGUGGGAUGAUAUGCUGGGCAACCCCGGCUAUCGAUGA